AUGGGUAAUCUUAGUACUUUGGAGUUUUUAUUUACAGAGGAAGCUGGCCUCACGGGUGAAAUACCCCAGGAGAUUGGUAACCUUCGCAAUUUGGUGAUAUUAGUCAUAGAAUUGAACAAAUUAAGAGGUCACAUUCCAGCAACGAUCUUUAAUAUAUCGACCAUGCAGGUCAUUUCGUUUGUGAAUAAUCACUUGUCUGGAAAUCUUCCAUCAAAUAUAGGCCAUGGACUACCCAAUCUUGAAGAUCUUCUUCUUGGAAACAAUACUCUUAGUGGAGUUAUCCCUAGCUAUAUCUCUAAUGCUUCUAAACUUGUUCGUCUUGAACUCGUUUUCAACAGAUUCACUGGUCCAAUACCAAACUCACUUGGUAGUUUAAGACUCCUAGAGCUUCUGAACUUGGCAUAUAACAAUUUGACAGCUGAAUCUUCAUCCUCGGAACUGAGCUUCUUUACUUCCUUGACAAAUUGCCAACAUUUGGAAAUAUUAGAGGUGUCUUAUAAUCCUCUAAAUUGCAUACUUCCAGCUUCCAUGGGGAAUUUCUCAUUUGCUCUCCAAGUUUUUGGUGCGUCAGGUUGUAAAAUCAAGGGAAACAUUCCUGAUGAUAUUGUUGAAGGAUUAUUGAAGCUUCAAGAAUUAUAUCUUCGAGACAAUAGGCUAGGAGGAUCCAUUCCAAAUGACAUUUGUAGUUUAAAGUACUUGAAUGUCUUAGUUUUGAGCAUAAACAAGCUCUCAGCUUCAAUCCCUGAAUGCUUAGGGAAUAUCACUUCUCUAAGAUAUCUCCAUUUAAGUUCAAACAAACUAAAUUCUGGAAUACCUGAAAGCCUGUGGAACCUCAAAGAUCUUUUGGAGUUUGGCGUAGCCUCAAACUCCUUAACUGGUUAUGUAUCUCCAGGAAUUGGAAGUCUAAAGGUUGCAACGGUUAUAAAUCUAUCGAUGAAUCAACUCUCAGGUGAUAUUCCUAGCACAAUUGGAGGUUUGCAAAACUUAAAGGAACUCUCUUUGGAGCAUAAUAGAUUGCAAGGAUCUAUUCCUGAGUCAUUCAGUAAGCUGGUAAGCUUGGAAUCCUUGGAUCUGUCUCAAAAUAAUCUUUCUGGUGCGAUACCAAAAUCAUUAGAGGCACUCCUAUAUCUUACAUACUUCAACGUUUCUUUCAAUAGAUUAAGAGGAGAGAUCCCCACUGGAGGUCCUUUCACAAACUUCACCAGGGAAUCUUUUAUGUCGAAUGAAGCAUUUUGUGGUGCUCCUCACCUACAAUUCCCAUUUUGUGAUUCUAAUUUUAUCCAUAGAUCAAAGAAAAAAAGGGUGCUUUUAAUUGUAUUUAUCUUGUUGGGGAUUGCAUCCGUAGUUAUUGCCUUGAUUGUCGCAUUAGUACUGAUAAGAGGCCGAAGGAGGAAUCACAUGCAGAGCCAAUCUGAUCUUUUACCCAAAAUAAUGAACGAAAGAAUUUCAUACUAUGAACUUCAAAGAGCAACUGAUGGGUUUAGUGAAAGCAACUUACUUGGAAUCGGAAGUUUUGGCUCAGUGUAUAAAGGAGUACUUGCAGAUGGGAUGCUUUUGGCUGCAAAGGUAUUCAAUUUGCAAAUAGAAGGUGCAUUCAAGAGUUUUGAUACCGAAUGUGAAGUAUUACGCAACCUUCGUCACCGAAAUCUAACCAAAGUCAUUAGCAGUUGCUCUAAUCUUGAUUUCAAAUCUUUAGUGCUCGAGUACAUGCCUAAUGGGAGCCUUGAAAAGUGGUUGUAUUCUCACAACUAUUACUUGGACAUUAUGCAGAGAUUAGACAUAAUGAUAGAUGUGGCAUGUGCAUUGGAAUAUCUCCACGAUGCCUUUGUAACACCUGUUGCUCAUUGUGAUGUGAAGCCCAGCAAUGUCUUGUUGGAUAUAGAUAUGGUCGGACACUUGAGUGAUUUUGGCAUCGCAAAGUUAUUUGGUGUGGAAGAGAGUCUUGUCCUAACCAAGACUCUUGGAACAAUUGGGUAUAUUGCACCAGAAUAUGGAUCGGAAGGAUUAGUAUCCACACAGUGUGAUGUUUACAGCUAUGGUAUUGUGUUAAUGGAAACGUUUUCGAGAAAGAAGCCAACUGAUGAAAUAUUUGGUGAAGAUUUGAGUUUAAAGGGUUGGAUAAAUGAGUCACUGCCAAAUUCAAUUAGCCAGGUUAUAGAUGCCAACUUGAUAUCACCCGGUGAGCCGAACUUAGUAGCAAAGCUGCAGUGUGUAUCAUCCAUCAUGGAGUUGGCUUUGGAUUGUUGUGUAGAAUACCCAGAGGAGAGGAUCUACAUCAAAGAUGUUCUUGCAGCACUCAGGAAAAUCAGACUUCAGUUUAUAGCAAACUGCAGAAGGGUUUAAUACAUAAAGAAUUAUGUAACUUAUCGCAUUUUGCACAAAAUAAUUUGGCAUGGGUGAUGACCUUUUUUUGUCAUUGUUCUAUCUGUCUGCUCAUAUGUUCUGUCGUUGCAAGAGUUGAAUGGCUUUGUGAAGUGCAAGUGCUGGUCGUUCCACAGCACUAAAUCAUUCAAACUCAGCAAAAAUUAUGUAUUCGUGCAUUAUCUGGAUAAUUCAUACUUUAUG